AUGAUGCGGGCCAUCAGAGCGCUGCCGCUGGACGUGUGGCGGGCCAAUCGCCCCUUUUACGUCGUCUCCGCCACAGACGACCAUUCGGCUGCGCUGGCUGCGGAGUUUGAAAAGGGUCACUUUCGGCGGUGCUGCCGGUUGCACACUAUUCCUCGUGCCCGUGAGGUGGGACAGAGCUACUUCCUUUCGAUCUUCACAACGCUCCACGCACUCGGGUCCUCGCUGCGCCUUAUCGUUGCGGAGAAGCCCGACGUGCUUUUGUUGAAUGGGCCGGGUGUGUGUGUGCCGGUGGUGGCGGCAGCACUGCUGAUGGCCACACUUUUUCCUUCGUGGUACUACCCCCGCCCCGGCAUCGCAUACAUGGAGUCCUUUACCUGCGUCCGCCACAUGUCGCUUUCUGGGAGACUACUGAGGCCGUUCUGCGACGUCUGCACGGUCCAUUGGCGGUCACUCUACGAUGCCUGUCUCGGGAAGCGGCGGCGCAACAAUGGAUCUCUCUUUUACGUUGGUCUUCCGCAAGACGCUGCAGAUGCGCCGCAGCCUCUGAGGGCGCCCAGGCAGGCGAGUCCACACCCUCCUAGCGGCGAACAGGUGGCUCUGGUCACUGUCGGCUCCACUCAAUUUGAUUCGCUGAUUAGGGCUUUGGAUGAUGAGGCGGUUUGUAAGGCGAUGGCGAUGCGAGGUAUCACGCGGCUGCUGAUUCAAAAAGGGGCGUCGACGUACAACAUGCGCAUACGUGCCGCCAACUUUGUCACUGUGGAUGUUGUUGCGUACCUUCCAAAGCUGCAGGAGGUUAUUAAAGACGCGGCGUUGGUCAUUUCGCAUGCGGGGGCCGGAACCAUCCUUGAGGCUUUGGAGUUUAAGAGGCCCUUAGUCGUCGUGCCCAACCGCGCCCUCAUGUCGGAUCACCAGCUGGAGCUUGCAGAGGCUCUAAAUGCGGCGCGGUACCUCUUCUGUGUUCAGGUGGGCGAUAUCUGUCGCGAGCUGCAGACGCUCGACUUCAGCGCACUCCGCGUGUUCCCUGGAACGAAUGCAGCUGCGUUGCGAGACGCACUUCUACCGCUUUUGGCAGCGGGGGAUUUUAGUUCCAGUGACACAUUAAAGUAG